CAUUGACAAGUUCAUCAAAUUAGUUCGAUAUUGAUUGAUUUCUGAAUAUUGUGCGCUUCAGGCGAUCAAAAUGCCUGAUUUCAAUAAAUUAUGUCGUGCUUGUCUUACAACUAUGGACUCUUUCAAAUAUAAGUUUAAUGAUAAUGUAUCAACUGAAGAUUAUUUGUUCUGUACUGCAAUAGAGAUAAAUCAAGAUGAAGAAUUCCCAAAAACACUAUGUAAUACAUGUUACGAUUUACUAACAAAAUUCACUGAAUUCAAGAGGACCUGCAUUAAGUCCCAAAGAAUUUUGUUAACAUUUCGACCUAUAAAAGAGGAAGUAAUUAAUAAAAUAGAGGAAGUUGAACAAAAAACCAAUGAUUGUAAUGAUGAGAUAGAGAACUGGACAUUGGAUGAUGGGUCAUUGGACAAUGGCCCCUUACAAAUACAUUUCACUGAAAAUGAGUGUAGCAAUGAGUUAAUCAUAAAGGUGGAGGAAGAGGAACCAAAAGGAAAAAAUGAAAAUGUUUUUGUUACAACAGCAUUUGCUGAUGCUACCAGAAAUUCAACAGAUAACAACAGAGUUGAAAUUCCAAAGCAAAGAAAGAAAUUGACAUGCAAAUUGUGUAAUAAAGAAUUCUAUCAUCGCAACAUGUUUGAUCUUCAUAUGUCAGUACACACACGUACAUUGACACUAAAAUGUAAUCAGUGCACGAAAACAUUUGUAACAUGGAGUGGCCUGAGACGGCACCAUACAAACUGGCACUCGCUCUUCAGUCUCCGCAGCGUCACUUGUCGUACAUGUGGAAAAAUUGCAACGAGCCCCGAGACCCUGAUGGCACAUAAGAAAUUACAUAAGAAACGGAAGCUAUUUAUUUGCAAUGUGUGUGGCAAAAGCUACACAUCUACCAAUAAUCUGCAUGCUCACUUAGAAACCCACAAAGAGAAUAGAGAGCGUCAAUACACCUGCGAACACUGUGGCAAGAAGUUUUACACGAAGAAAUGUAUCCUUUCUCACUUGUCCCGGUGCCACAAUGGACGGAAAUUCAUUUGUCAGAUUUGCAGUUAUCCAUUCACUGACAAGUAUAAUUUAUCGAAACAUUUACAAUCCCACGAAGGAAGGAAAUGUUUUAAAUGUAAAAUAUGCGAUAAGUCCUUUGCGACUCGACAAAUAUCUGUUGAACAUCAGAGGAUACAUUCCGGUGAGCGCCCAUUUUCCUGCACCUAUUGUACUAAGACUUUCAUUUCAAAGAAACGGUUAACUGAACACCUCCGUACUCACACGGGAGAAAAACCACAUAAAUGCUUUGUAUGUGAUCACAGCUUCACACAAAGAGGGACUUUAACACGGCAUAUGAAAAUUCAUACUAAAUCAUUGAUUAAUUGAACUUUUCAAUAAAAAUAAUAAUCAAUUAAUAUUAUAAUUUAUAUUUUAUUUACUUCAAGCAUUAUCAUCAUCAUGAUUUCGAGAAAUAUUUUAAAUUGAUUAAAGUACUAUAUACAGCUAAUGUGACUUAAUAUAUGUAUAUAUUUUUUUAAUAACAUUUAUUUUUCAUAUAAAAAAAUCUUAUUCUAUAUUCUUAAAUUUAACUUGGUUUCAAUAAGACGGACAAAACUUCCUUAAUGUUAUUUUAAAAUAAAACAAAACAUUUUAACGAUAGAGAAUAUUCCAAACUUGUUUUAAUACAAUUGGUGUACUUAGUUUAUUUAUUGACUCAAAUAAUUAUGUACAUUUUUAAUAACUUGACAAUAUUAAAUAUUUCACAAUUUUUAAAGUAUAUAAAGAUUUGAUAUUAAACCAGUAAAUAUAAUAUAUAACCAAAAUAUAUUUAAAAUAAUCGAAUGAAAUAAAUAUUAAAAAAAGAUUUUCAAAGAUAAAAAUAGCCUAAUAAAUAAACACUGGCACUAAAUUUUAUCGAAAAUCGUUGUUUGCUAAGCUGUCGUGGCCAAUUUGUUAUGAAGAAAUGGAAAGAACAUAUCUGUGCAUGUAAUACUCAUUAUGGAAUGCAAAUCAUACAAACUCAGCAAAUUUUUGCAUAAUGAUCAAGGUUUUAUGAUCUAUGAUUGAUUUUCAUCACAUAUAGUUACUAAUGUAACCCUACAAUAAAUGGUAAUAUCUGUUCAUACAAUUUGCCAAUAUUAUUAUAUUAUCAACACAAAAUUGCCAUUUAGUAAUCAAAAUAACCAAAGUAACAUUGAAUGCUGUUUUCUAUAAAGAUGUUUUAAAUCUCAUCUAAUAAAUUUUCAGUUACAAAAGUUAGUAAAACGAACUUUUCAAUAGAGUUUAUAAAAUAUUUUACUUUAUGAUGAAAUUUAAUUUAAUUAAACAAUAUAUUUUGUAAA